GGGCUAUGCAGAUUUAAAGCGUCUGUGACCAUUUAAGGGGCGUGGCCAUGCCCAUAUAAGGACAGAUCUAUGCCGAUAAGGGGGCGUGGCCAUGCCCAUUUAAGGACAGGUCUAUGCCGAUAAGGGGGCGUGGUCAUUGCCAUAUAAGGAAUGUGCCGCGUGACGCUCGCGCGCGCUGCCCCACGCCGGAAGUGGGCGUGGCCAGCGCGGCGGCGGGCGGAAAGCGGAAGUGCGGCCGUGAGGGGACCCGGGGGGGGCGGCGGCGCCACCACCCCCCCCUCCCCCGCCGGUACCGGCUCGCCAUGGCCGUGACCUAGUCCCGGUGCGAUGGAGCAGCCCCGGUACCGGGACCCGGCCGGGAGCGGCCCCGGGGGAGGCUCCGGCACCGCCUGGAACGGGACCGGCGGCCACCCCCGGGCUGCCCCCGCCGGCACCGGCACCGGAACGGCGGGCGAGGAGGAGGAGGAGAGCGGCGAGCGGGAACCGAGCGUCACCGGCCCCGGGAGUGUCCCCAGAACCGGGAGUGUCCCCGGUCCCCGGAGUGUCCCCAGCACCGGGAGUGUCCCCGGUCCCCCGAGCGUCACCGGCCCCGGGAGUGUCCCCAGAACCGGGAGUGUCCCCAAGACCGGGAGUGUCCCCAGCCCCGGGAGUGUCCCCAGCCCCGGGAGUGUCCCCAACACCGGGAGUGUCCCCAGAACCGGGAGUGUCCCCAGCACCGGGAGUGUCCCCAGCACCGGGAGUGUCCCCAACACCGGGAGUGUCCCCGGAACCGGGAGUGUCCCCAGAACCGGGAGUGUCCCCAGAACCGGGAGUGUCCCCGGUCCCGGGAGUGUCCCCAACACCGGGAGUGUCCCCGGCCCCGGGAGUGUCCCCAAUACCGGCAGUGUCCCCAUCCCCGGCAGUGUCCCCAGCCCCCCGAGUGUCCCCAACCCCGGCAGUGUCCCCAACCCCGGCAGUGUCCCCAACACCGGGAGUGUCCCCGGUCCCGGCAGUGUCCCCAUCCCCGGCAGUGUCCCCAUCCCCGGGAGUGUCCCCAUCUCCGGGACUGUCCCCAUCCCCGGCAGUGUCCCCAUCCCCGGCAGUGUCCCCAAGCCUCAGAGUGUCCCCACCCCCGGCAGUGUCCCCAGCCCCGGCAGUGUCCCCACCCCCGGGACUGUCCCCACCCCCGGUGGUCGCUGCGGCUGCCGGUGCCCCCCGGCCGCUCCCCCGAGCCCCUCCCGGGACAUCCCGUGCGGCCUCGGCUGCCGCCACCGGGGACCCCCGGAGAACAACGGCGACCCCCGGAGAUCGCGACGGCGACCGCGACAACGCCCGGAGGAGCACGACCGGGAACCGGGGGACAGCGGGAGGGGACACCGGGGGUCCCUCGGGGUGGCCCGGGCGGGGGUCGCGCUGUGCCUGCGGCUGCUCGGGGCUCUCCUGGCUCUGCUCCUCCUCUUCCUCCUCCUCCUCCUCGGGGGGCUCCGCUCUUUGCUCCGCGGGGGCUCCGCGGGGCUCCGCCGCUGCCGGGAGCUGUUGGGCGAGCGCUGGGGUCGCUCCGGUGUCACCGAGGGGGAGGUGACACGUUUGGUGGCCAUGGCCGAGGUGACCGAGGAGGAGCUGGACCCGUUCCGGGUGCUCGGUGUGGAAAACACGGCCACCGACAGCGAACUGCGCCGGGCGUACCGGAGACUGGCCGUGCUGGUGCACCCCGAUAAGAGCCGAGACCCCCGAGCAGAGGCGGCGUUCAAGGUGCUGAGGGCGGGAUGGGAGAGGGUGAGCAGCCCCGAGAGGCGCCGCGAGUAUGAGACGAAGCAGCUGGCGCAGGAGGAGCUGUCGCGGGCGCUGGGAGCGUUCCUGGGGCGGCUGCAGGAGGAGCUCAGGGACGCCGUGGACAACAUGGGCUGCACCCGCUGCGGGGGACGGCACCGGCGGUUCCAGCUGUCGCGGGACCCUCGCUGUGGCCGGCGCUGCGCCGCGUGCGGGGGGUGGCACCGGGCCGAGGACGGGGACCUGUGGGCAGAGUCCAGCCUGCUCGGCCUCAAGGUCACCUACCUGGCCUGCAUGGAGCGCCACGUCUACGAUGUCACCGAGUGGGCUGGCUGCCAGCGUGUCCCCAUCUCCCCGGACAGUCACCGUGUCCCCUAUCACCUGUCCUUCAGCACCAGGACAGCCCCGCCCGCCGGGCGCCACCGGGCCCCCCCUAAGGGCAGCCCCCCCUCCCCCAGCGACCCCCAGCAUUUCCUGGCUCGCCUUUUCCAAGGAAACCCGGCCUGGGGGGAACCCGGGGGGGCUUUUCCCACCCCCCCCGACCCCGCGGGACCCCCCCAGCCCCAGGGGGGUCCCCCCAGGGGGGACACCAAGCACAAGAGGAGGAAGAAGGGGCGACGGCCCCUGCCUCGCUGAGGAGACCCCCACCCCAAAAAAAAAAAAAAAAAAGGGCUUGGAAUAAAAAAAAUCUAUUUUUUUC